GCAAACUCUCACUUCUGGGUUUGCAGCAUUGGCCAUCUCUGUGGCAUUUAACUCAAGUGUGUGUUCAAGUUGACUCUGAGCUGUGGCCUCUUUGAAGUCAGGUCCCUGAGUCAUAUUUUGAAGAGACAGAUACAAGAAGCCCUUGAACUUCUGGACAUAACACCUCAAUAAUGCUGCAGGAAAGACAACUCAAAGGUGAGGGAAGGGAACCUGCUGGACCCUGAGACUCUGGUCAGCUGCUGUGAUUUCCAUCUUACUCCUCAGCACUUGUUUCAUCAUGAGCUGUGUGGUGACUUACCAGUUUAUGAUGGACCACCCCAAUAGAAGACUGUAUGAGCUCCACACAUACCAUUCCAGUCUCACCUGCUUCAGUGAAGGGACGAUGGUGUCUGAAAAAAUGUGGGGAUGCUGUCCAAAUCACUGGAAGUCAUUUGGCUCCAGCUGCUACUUCGUGUCUACUACGGAGAACUUCUGGAGCAUUAGUGAGCAGAACUGCAUUCAGAUGGGGGCUCAUUUGGUGGUGAUCAAUACUGAAGCUGAACAGAAUUUCAUCACCCAGCAGCUGAAUGAGUCACUUCCUUACUUCCUGGGUCUUUCUGAUCCACAAGGUAAUGGCAAAUGGCAAUGGAUUGAUAAUACUCCUUUCAGUCAAAACGUCAGGUUCUGGCACCCCCAUGAGCCCAAUCUUCCAGAAGAGCGGUGUGUUGCAAUAGUUUACUGGAAUCCUUCGAAAUGGGGCUGGAAUGAUGUUUUCUGUGAUCAUCAACACAAUUCAAUAUGUGAAAUGAAGAAGAUUUACCUAUGAGUACAUGUUAUCCAUUAAUACCAUUAAAACUCAGACCCACCAAGAAACCAUAA